AUGACUGAAAUGGAAAGUUCGCUGCUCGGAAGCUUACCUCCUUUGGGGGCAAUGGCUGGGUCCGUCUUAGUGGGCUGGAUUAUAAGCAUAGUUGGAAGAAAAAAUGGGGCAGUUCUUAUAGGUGUACCAAUGGUGGUAUCCUGGCUAAUGAUAGAUCUGACUUCAUCCUCAACUGUGAUACUGAUAGCGAGGUUUCUAGGAGGUAUAUCAGGAGGGGCGGCGUUGGUACUUUCGCCUAUAUAUGUGUCUGAAGUUGCUGAGGAAUCUAUCAGAGGAGCUUUAGCAUCUGCACCAAUGUUAUGCUAUUGUAUCGGCGUACUGGUUUCCUACAUCCUUGGCUGGUUUCUCUCUUACCGGUAUAUAAUUUGGACUAAUCUGGGUUUUGUCAUCAUUUAUAUGGGACUCUUGAUGACUGUCACAGAGAGCCCUGUGUUCCUGAUGAGACAGAAUAGAGAUGAGGACGCUAGACGCUCCAUUGCACAUUACAGAGGCGCCUCACUUACAUCUACAGUGGUUUUAAAAGAAUUCUCAAGGCUGAAGCAGCAAAUAAAUCCUGCGGCAGAGCUCAUAGCAAUUGAUACAGAUGGAAAGCUCGAAAAGGAGGAAGAAGCUGAAAAACAAAUGCUUCAAUACGAUAAUGAAGACAAUUUGCCACAGCAGAAAAUGUCAGCUCUAAAAAUGCUAUUUGUGUCUCCUUCCUCACGACGUGGAUUUGCAAUUGUUUGUACAUCGCUGACUUUACAAGUCCUGAUGGGUAUGGUCGCAGUGCAAGUGUAUGCGAAGGAUAUCUUCUCAAAAGCUGCCCCGAGUCUCUCAUCCCACUUUUGUUCAGUGAUGUUUGCGUGUAUACUGAUGAGUGGUUGCUUACUAAGUGCCGUAUUCGCUGAUAAAUUCGGUAGAAAGUUCCUUCUGGUAUCAUCUUCCAUCGCAGUUAGUUUAAGUUUAUUGGGAAUAGGCGUGUUGAUGCAGACCAGCUUCCUACCUCCGUGGGUCACAGCUGUUCUAAUACUAUUUUACUGCUUCGCUUUCAUGUUCGGAGCUGGCAGUGUACCUUACAUUUUGAUAGCCGAGGCUUUUAUACCAGAGGUCCAAAGUCUUGCGUCAAUGCUGCUCAUGGAGUGGGUGUGGCUUCUUAAUUUCUUCAUCAUCGGUGUCUUUCCGUUUUUGGUAAAAUUCUUCGGAUCUCAUGGAGCAUUCUACUUCUUUGCCGUAUUUGGUCUACUGGACACUAUUUUUGGCAUCUUCAUGAUUCCUGAAACUAAGGGGUUGACAAACGAACAAAUACAACAAUGCUUUUUGGGGAAGAAGAAA